AUGGCAGACUACGAAGGAUAUUUGCUGCUGCACGAUAUCGGACGACAGGCGGACCCUCUCUUUUUCGAGUUGGAAGGCGGUAUGUUGCGGUACUACGACAAGAAGGACGGGCGCUUCAUUGGCCAGUUCUCACUCACUCGCCACCGCGUACUGGUGCAACCGAUCGACGGUGGACUGACGCCCAACCGCUUCUACUUAGAGCUCAGCCCUGUCCGCUCGGUGCAUGACACAGAUCGCUCGAUCAAGCACUUCCGACGUACGCGAAUUGUGCUAGGCGCGUCGACUCCCGAGACUCAGGAGCAGUGGAUCAAAGCACUGCGUACCUGGCGCCGUCGUAAUUGGAAGGACACGGCAGUAAUUGCUGCGUUUGAAGACGAAGCCAACGCGCUACGCAUGAUGAUGCUCAUGUACCGUCUUGAGCUCAAGCUGCUGCGCUUCACGGACCUCACGCUACGCAAGGUCAACAUGGAUCCUCACCCGAGUGACCCGAUCUACGGCGAGGCAGCGUUCGCAAAGCACCAAGGACACUCGACUACUAAGCUUGGAGGAGCAAUUCAGGUCACUCGUUUUACCGACACGUUCGGCGUCCAAGGAAUCUACGCGGACCAGUUCGCGCUAUGA